GUCUUAGCGGAAGAGACUGAGCGUCUCUGAAGCAUCGCUGCAAAGCCAGACACGCUUGAAGAGCUUUUCCUGGGCCGCCUCAGUUUUGCUCAUAUGUCAAGUGGGCUUGAGUCACACCAGCCUGGAAGGCCUGGAAGGCUAGCAGGGGCGUGGCGGUCGCACCUGCUCGAGUUGGGCGAAGGAGGAGGAGCGAGGUGACGCAGGCGUAAUAAUAGAGAAGGUGCCAGAAAGAGCCAAAACAAGUGGCCACGGCCGUCGCCCGGGAGCCAUCGGACGCCGGGAUCUAUCUGGCCCUGGUUCUGAGCUUGUUCCGCACCCCUCCCCUGGGAAUGGCGUUGUCCGGGUCGACCCCAGCCCCGAGCUGGGAGGAGGAUGAGUGUUUGGAUUACUACGGCAUGCUGUCGCUUCACCGUAUGUUCGAGGUGGUGGGCGGGCAGCUGACCGAGUGCGAGCUGGAGCUCCUGGCCUUCCUGCUGGAUGAAACUCCCGGCGCUCCCGGAGGCCUGACCCGCGCCCGCAGCGGCCUGGAGCUGCUUCUGGAGCUGGAGCGCCGCGGGCAGUGCGACGAGAGCGACCUGCGGCUGCUGAGCCAGCUCCUGCGUGUGCUGGCCCGCCACGACCUGCUGCCACAUCUGGCCCGCAAGCGGCGCCGGCCAGUGUCCCCCGAGCGAUACAGUUAUGGCAGUGCCGGCUCUCCUUCCAAAAUCCCAGAGGGCGGUUGCCGGCGUCGGCGACAGUCAAGCAGUUCUGAUUCUCAGCAGAGUCAGUGGGGUACAGGCUCCCCUCCAACCAAACGGCAGCGUCGGAGUCGGGGCCGCCCUAGCAGUGGUGCCAGGCGGCGGCGGAGAGCAGGCUCGGCGGCUGAGCAGCAUCAGGAGCUGGGCAGGCCCUCAUCGGAGGGAAAAGUGACCUGUGACAUCCGGCUCCGGGUUCGAGCAGAGUACUGUGAGCAUGGUCCAGCCUUGGAGCAGGGAGUGGCCUCCCGGAGACCUCAGGCACUGGCCCGGCAGCUGGAUGUGUUCGGACAAGCCACUGCUGUGCUGCGGUCAAGGGACCUGGGCUCUGUGGUGUGUGACAUCAAAUUCUCAGAGCUCUCCUACCUGGACGCCUUCUGGGGUGACUAUCUGAGUGGUGCCCUGCUGCAGGCCCUGAGGGGCGUGUUCCUGACUGAGGCCCUGCGGGAGGCUGUGGGCCGGGAGGCCGUCCGCUUGCUGGUCAGUGUGGACGAGGCUGACUACGAGGCCGGCCGGCGCCGCCUGUUGCUGAUGGAGGAGGAAGGGGGGCGGCGUGGGACAGAGGCCUCCUGAUCCUGGAUCUGGCAGGACUGACCCCGCCUCCACGUCUCGGGGCCACUUUCUUCCUCGGAAGAUGACCGACCAUCUUGCCCCUGGACGACUGUCACUUCAGCAGCUCUGAGGAUGCAUCAGGUCUGCGAGUUCCUUGACAGCCUCUCCUGUAGGAUGUGGGCUUCGAGGCAUAAACCACGUCCAGCUGCUUCCGUCCCAAACUCCCCGCUCCCAGGUGGACUCCCUCAGCCUUGGGGGCCAGGUUUGCUGAGCCCCAAACAGGGAGGUGUAGCCACAGUCACCAAAGGCCCCUGCACAUCCUGCCUCUCACCUUGGGCUGAGCUGGCUGGCCCCACACACGUUAGCCUAAGGGCUUCUCUCUCAGGAUCUCAGAUGUCCCCAUCAGGCCUUCAGCCAGCACGCUGGGCUCCGCAGCUGGGUGCCUGUGGGGCUUGGUCACCUUACCCAUUCACUCACUAACCAGUCAGGGCUCUGCCCGCUGUCUACACAGACACCUGCCUCUCGUCGCCUUCCCCUGCUCCCUGGAGCUAGAUACAGACUUGCCCUUGGACUCUGACUCAGAGUGUCACAUGGGUUUUGUGGUCACAUCUGUUCGAGGUCAGUGUUGUCUACACGGCUAGGGCAAGAACCAGCCUCUCUCUCAUGAAGGGAAGGCGAAGACUUGGGGCCGGUGGGAAGAUGUUUUACAAAGUGCACCAAUAAAACUGCCCUGGAAAGGGCACAGGUGGGCA